CACUCUAGAUGUCUGCAGUGUUUGUGGACCUCCCAGCGCUUGCCCAGAGCCUUCAACAAGUGCCUCUCCAUCAGAGACUCAACCUGGAUGCUGAGCUGCUUGAGGUCACAACACCAAUAGAGCUGCCCACUAUGACCCUCGCACCUAAACAGGAGGUGCCCAAAAUGGCAACCUUCACUCCUCCGUCCACACCUUUAAAAGUCCCCAGCACUGACCAGAAAGUUCCCGUGGCUGCAAACCCAGCAUCGGGCUCAGACUCCCAGGUUUCCUUGAGCGCUGCAGAGCCACCGGUGGAAGAUGAUGGUGAUGAAGAGCUGGACCAGCUGCUAAGUUUACAGAAACCAGUCUCGGGUGUUAGUGGAAACCAGUCUGUCAGUGUCACAGACGAGGAGAGUGUGCUCACAAAGAAAG